CGCGUUCGGCGUGUUGAGCGAGCCUCCUUCAUCUCCUGAAACAAAAAUUAGGGUUUGAGUGGGUGAAAGUAGGGUUAUCAGAAAUGGGAGGGGGCAAUGGCCAGAAGUCGAAGACGGCGCGUGAGCGGAACAUGGAAAAGACGAAAGCCGCCAAGGGAAGCCAGCUUGAGUCAAACAAGAAAGCAAUGACAAUCCAGUGUAAGGUGUGCAUGCAGACAUUCAUCUGCACGACAUCUGAGGCAAAGUGCAAGGAACAUGCUGAAGCAAAGCAUCCCAAAUCUGAUCUUUCUACCUGUUUCCCCCAUCUGAAAAAAUAAGUGGAUUGAGAGGAGUUGGGAAGAUAUACUUUGUUUAAAUGGAUGAACCCGAUCUAGUAUGAUCAUGCUGAAGUUAUGCCAGGCCCGUAUUUGUUAAUGGUAGUUGCUUGAUGGACGUUCUGGAGAGAGAUUGAUCAUGUAUGUCAUUUAAACUGGUUCUUCUUAUGUCUCUUAAAAAGAGUGUGUUCACGUGUAGUCUUUGUUAAAAAGUGAACAUCUUAAUUGAUCUGGGACCAUAUUACAUGUUUAUUGGUGGUUCUGGUGUAGUGCCCGACUUGAGACUUUGUUUUCCUUUCGACUUUGCUAUGUUUUGGUACCAGGGGUGAGGAGUGUGAGUACGCAUCUCUCCCCUUUUUUUAUUUAUUCAUUUGUAUGUUUGGAUGAACUCCAGAGCAGUGGGGAUGGAAUCAAGUUAUGACUUA